AUGGCCAAGGACCGAUCUCAACCUCUCCCCCCUCCGUCGACCUCGGUCACGUCGGAUGGCCACUAUGACUCUCCGACUCUCCACUCCAAUACUUCUUCGCUCACCUUAACCGAGAAUUCCUCAUCAAAACUGGCACGUGCGUUCUCGAAGCGCACGUACGGUGGGACUACUCCGAAGACCAACUCGCCGACCCACAUCCCCCUUCAUUCUACGAAGCAUUCUCCAGGAGCUACGUCGCCAACCUCGCCCAACCAUACUGCCCAACAACAAACUUUGAACCCUCGAUUCUACACACAGCCUGGUGCUACCGGUAGUCGGCUUACGCACGACCCGCCGGAAGACCCUCCAAGAACGCAAUCGCGCGGUGAUCGACUCACGCCUGGCCCAACUGGCCCCACCCGAACCGAAACCCCGUCUACCCUGCCAGGGCCAAUCACGUGCCGGCGGCGCACCCCCGGCCCAAGCAGCGUAGAGAUCUUCAAGUCAUUCCGUGUUUCUUGGGAAGACCCCUGUUACAAGGUGCUUCCCGCCGCGUUGCGGAAGUACAACAUCCACAGCGAUCCCAAAGACUAUGCAUUGUAUAUUGUGUACGGAGACCAGGAACGAUGCCUCCAAUUGGACGAGAAACCUCUUCUCCUGUUCAAGCAACUUGAACGCGAGGGCCGCAAGCCCAUGUUUAUGCUGCGGAAGAUUCAAUCGGACAACCCAUAUUCAGCCGGGAUCCCUGCCUCGGCCCCGAACAGUGCCGGGUUUGACACUGGGCGACAAGCGUCGAUCAAUUUACCAGGCGGUGUCUUGUAA